UUGUCGAAUACAUGGUGUACCACAGUGAAUUAGCAGCCAUUCUACAGCCAUACACAAGUAAAGGCGACCAAAGGGCGGCGGUGCCAUGACAACAAGUAUGACUGACUGUUUUGUGACCUUCUUUGUUGUUGGGAAGGUUAUUGGAGUUAAUCGGUACGAAGUUAUCGUUGGAUGCCUGGAACCAAAUGAAAUCUAUCUUUGUCUCGACGAUUGGAAACAAAAAUCAUUCGUAACUCUAGCUGUGAGCGGGAAGUUUGCUUCAUUAGAGAGGCAAAGCUAUCGUUUUCAAGUAGAAGGCAAGUAUGAGUUUCUUGGAGAAUAUAAUGACCAUCUAGAACGGACGCCAAGAGAAGCGAACUACCGCAGCCUCCUUGUUGAAGUAUCACAAUGCAAGGAUGCAUCUCUUUGUGGAUGCAUUAACAUUUAUACAGCUGGGGAUCACAAGUCUCGCCUCGUCACGCAGCUGCCUCUUCCGCUGAUAGCUGAGAUUGAGGCGUCUCCCAGAGUUGAAGCUCCUUGGCCUAUGAACAAAAACAGAAGGCAUGUUCUAAACAGCUUCUUUGUCAGUGUUGUUAAGGAUAUGACACCUGACAUUACGUUAUUUAAAGAACUUGGUUUAAGUGAUGAUGAAAUAAAACGCAUCUGUGACUACACAUCUUGUACAGAUACAGAAUACAGUGGUUUUAUGAUGUUGGACAAAUGUCGUGAAAAGGAAAGGGACAACGCGACCUUCUUGAAGACACUUGUCGUAGCUCUCGGUAAAGUCCAACAGAAUAACGUCAAACUCUUGCUGGUUGAGAACAUCAGGCACUGGUUAGCUGUUUCUACACCUGAUGAAGAUGAUGAAACAUUUGCAAAAGAGCUCUCUUCUUUUGUAAACGAUUUCAAAGGACAAGGACUGAUCACCCCACCAGGUGAUUACAGGAACACAACGUACAUUGAGACAACAAAUUUCAAAGAGGCAUCUCUGAGGAAUGUGGACAUCAGGUUUGGUGUGCAAAAACGAGUUGGUGCUGAGAAGACCUUCUUACGACUAACGUACUCUGAGCCAGAAGAUAACCCAUACGGACUUGUUGCAAAGAUGGAUGAAGCAUUUUUUGGAGAUCUCAUUGAAUGGUGCAUAUCCACUCCCAGUAUUGAUUUUGCAAUAGUGUUCCAUUUAGAGGAAGGACCUGGUCGGUAUUCUGAGCUAAUUUUAAGAUAUGCAACAAUUGGACAUAAACAGGAAGAAGCUCCGGUUGACACAGUAUUCAUACAAGAACGGCAACGCUGGGAAGCAACAACUCAGAUCACUGUCGGUCCUCGGGGAUGGUUUGUGUUGUGCACGAGGCCGAAGGAAACUCUGACGGAAGUACCAGUUGAUGGAUGUACGGUUGUUUACGAACUGGAUGAAAGGGUACAAAUACACAUUCCAAAGAACGCAUUCGAAUGCCCAGGAAGCAUGAUUCUUAAGACCUGUGAAGAUCAGCAGCCCAACCUUGCUGUGAGAGAUGACUAA